AUGCCCCGCGGCCACGGCGAGGCAGAGAUUUCUUUUACCACUUCUCUUUCACCUCCAAAUUCAUCCAAUCCUAGCUCUGGUCUGAUCUGGUCUGUAUGGUACCAGGUAUGCCCCUCCUCCCGCCCUGCCCCCGCAUCAGCACCAGACGUCGUCCACGCGGGCUUUGCUGCAGAGCUCGGCCGUGGUGACUCCUUUCCGGAACGUGUUUCGGUGCCCCAGUGGCCCUCAGGUAACUACAAGACGGAGCUCUACGACCCCGCUAUGGAAAAGUACCAGCCCUCCCCGCAGUGGAUCAAUUUGUUCGUGUUUGUGAAAGACCCGGAGAACAAGAACCUUCUGGCCCGACAGUAUGGCCCUCAGGGCAGCUUCACCUUCACCUCCCAGUCUCCCGGAGAGCACCAGAUCUGCCUCCACCUUGAGUCCAUCCGGUUCGCCCUCUUCUAUGAUGGCAAGCUGGCCAUUCACUUGGACAUGCAGUUGGGUGAACACACCAAUGAUUAUGCGGAAUUUGCGGCCAAGGACAAGCUGACCCAGCUGCAUCUGCGUGUACAGCAGCUUGUGGAGCAGGUGGAGUUGAUCCAGAAGGAGCAGGAGUAUCAGAGGUGGCGAGAGGAGCGCUUCCGGCAGACCAGCGAGAGCACCAACCAGCGUGUGCUGUGGUGGUCCAUUCUGCAGACCUUCAUUCUGGUUGCCACGGGUGUCUGGCAGAUGCAGCACCUCAAGAGUUUCUUUAAAGCCAAGAAGCUGGUGUAGUUGGGCCCCAGAAACCUAGCCCCAACUCAUUCCCCUUCUGUUAACUGAUUGAAAGUGCCCUGGCCUGGUCUAUUUCCUGGCUCCCAAUCCCCCAACCCUGCAGGGGGAACAGAGGACCUCUUUCAACUGGUUUCUCAGCCAGCAUUUGGGAGAGGAUGAGUUGCCCACUAGAUGCUUGGUCGGGGAGCUGUAGGAUUUUGUGGCUUUGUGCUGUUGAGGAGGAAGGUGAGGGUGCCCCCACGCCCCUGGCUAAACCGGAUGGAUGAACUGUCCCAAGAUAGAAUUAAGAGUGACUAUAAACUGCAACCUUUCUGACCUAAACAUU